UUGCUUCGGCUUCCUUCAGUCUCGAUCCCUUUUAAUCUCACAACUUCCUUUUCUACACGCAUCUGGUUCCGUUCUUCUAUCGCACCCUCCAGGACUCGCAGGCACCCAAAGUAAGAUCGACAAAUAUGGACCCUGUCGAUUCUGGGCUAGACCCCACCCUACCUCUCGAGGUCUUCAAAAAUGACACUCUCGCAACCGGAGGAGAUUCGCGAUUAUACAAUCUCAAUGUCUUCUACAAUCCCGGAGACAUCGCAUUCAUGAUCAUAUCGACAGCCCUCGUGCUUUUGAUGAUCCCCGGCGUGGGUUUCUUCUACUCGGGACUGGCGAGGAGGAAAUCCGCCCUCUCCCUGCUAUGGCUGUCCUUGAUGUCUACCGGAGUCGUCUUCUUCCAAUGGUUCUUCUGGGGCUACUCUCUCGCCUUUUCCCAUAAGGCCGGCAAAUACAUUGGAGCGCUCGACAACUUCGGCCUGAUGAAUGUGCUCGCCGCCCCUUCCAUCGGGAGUCCACGCAUCCCGGACCUCAUGUUCUGCGUCUACCAGGGCAUGUUCGCUUGCAUCACGGUUGCUCUCGCUGUUGGAGCCGUUGCGGAAAGAGGCAGGAUGCUACCCUGCAUCAUCUACAUGUUCGUCUGGACCACCAUCGUCUACGACCCCAUCGCCUGCUGGACCUGGAACCCCGCCGGCUGGGUGUACAACAUGGGCGGCCUCGACUUCGCCGGCGGAACUCCCGUCCACAUCGCCUCCGGAACCGCCGCUCUCGCCUACUCGUACAUGCUCGGCAAGCGACGCGGCCACGGCACCCAGGAGCUCAACUACCGCCCCCACAACGUCACACACAUCGUCAUAGGCACCGUAUUCCUGAUCGUGGGCUGGAUCGGAUUUAAUGGGGGUAGCGCGUUGUCUGCAAACUUGCGCGCGAUCAUGGCUGUUGUGGUGACGAUUCUGGCUGCGAGCGUGGGUGGAAUCACGUGGUGUUUGGUCGACUACCGCCUCGAACGCAAGUGGUCGACGGUGGGAUUCUGCUCGGGCGUGAUCGCUGGACUGGUCGCUAUUACUCCUGGAUCCGGUUAUGUUCCGGCCUGGGCGGCGGUCGUGUUCGGCGCCUGUGGCGGUAUUGCUUGCAACUAUGCUACCAAGCUCAAGUACUUCCUCCGUUGCGACGACGCUCUCGACAUCUUUGCGGUUCACGGAGUUGGUGGUUUCGUUGGAAACAUCUUGACUGCAUUCUUCGCUGCUGAUUACAUUGCACAUCUCGACGGCGCUACUGUCAUCGCUGGCGGCUGGCUGAACCACAACUGGGUCCAGCUAGGAUACCAGAUCGCCGACUCCAUCGCUGGCGGAGCAUACUCUUUCGUCGGCACAUGCAUCAUCCUCGGCGUUCUCGACUUCAUCGGAAAGUUCUUCCCGGUGUUCAAGCUCCGUGCCUCGGAAGAGGAGGAGAUUCUCGGUAUCGACGACGUCGAGAUCGGAGAGUUUGCUUACGACUACGUCGAGCUCACCCGCGACGUCAAGGCCGUCGACGAAAUCGACGACGUCGACGAGGGCCUCUCCACCCACUCGAUGGACCACCACCACCACUCCGCCAUGGGCAACCACCACGAGAAGAACCAAGACUCGGUCGAUUCGUCGAACCAGCUUGCCGAGUGGGCCCAUCGCGCUUAGACUAAUCACUUUUAACUGUUCAUAAUUUCUUUUGUUGCAGCAUUCGCUCUAUACCACCUUUUUGUUCGCGCGUUGGAGUUGGGAGGCUCGUCAGGGUCUGGAUUCGUCUUGUAU